AUGAACAUUACUGUCACCGUUUAUGAUAAGAAUGUCAAGCACAAAUUAGAAGAAAACGUUAGAAGUAGCAAGGGCCUCAGCAGUAAUGAUCCAUCAAAGUACAAUAAUGAAUCAAAAAGCAUCGACGGAAGUGACUAUGCAAUGUUUCCAACCAAUAUAAAGUAUCUAUUUGAAGACAAUGAUGAUGAAACUGUGGACUCGAGUGAUACUGCUUUAACGGCAGGAAUAAAUCAGGAUGAGGAUGAACUUGAGAAUGUCAUAAUUGUCCAGCUGGAUGAAUCAGGAUCCCUUGAGGAUAUUACAGUGAUAAGUGAUCAAUAUGAGCUUUUGUCGCACAGAACAAAUAGCCUCAGCUUGGAGGAAAAUCAAAUAAAAAUGCUUGCAUCACAUGACGGUGACUGCAAAUCAAACAAUGAUGGAGAAGAGGUCAGCAUUGGCAGUGAUAAACUUGGAAUGGACCUGGACAUAGAACUUGACGUGAUUUCUCAAUUUUGUGAUUUAUCUGCUCUACUUCGGGAUUCAAGUUUGGAUGAACUGAUUAGGCUUUAUGUCACACAAAAUGAACAAUUGCAAAUGAUAUCACAAUCCAUAUGA